AUGGGCAAACUCCAGGGUGACUUUGUUCGCCUGGGUGCAGAACACGAACUUGCACAGCCAAUACAGCAAGAACGCGGCAUGCUCGACAUCGCCCAAAGGAGCAAUCGAAUCAUCAUCGGCGCUGUCCUCCACACCGAAGUUGCCAUAGAAGCUGGAGUAGUUGAGCAUGUUCUUCGCCUUGCUCCCAACAAGCUUGGCGACCGUGGGCCAUGCGGCCUUAAAGCUCCUUUCGGCCUCAGGGGCGACCAAAGCGGCGUUCACCUCCACGUCGAGAGGGGAGAGGCCGAAUAG